UCGAAAAUGGCAGACAGUGGAGAAAAACAAACAUACUAUGGAAACUGCCAUUGCGGCGCCUUCAAGUUCUCCGUUGCACUUGCACCGAUCAAGAAGGCCGCGAGAUGCAACUGCAAAAGGAUAUCUUUUGCUGUUCCCGAGAAGCCUUCUGACUUCAAGGUCGAAGCCGGCGAGGGUGUACUGAAGACCUAUUCUUUUGGAAAUGGGGUUGCCGAGCACAAGUUCUGUCCGAUUUGCGGUUCUGGCGUCCUGGUCGAAGCCGAAAAGCUCAACUUCCUCGCUAUCAAUCAUGGCUCGGUAGAUGUCGACAGCCUAGAGAUCAGCACAACCGAUCGAGCCAAAGUCGAACCAAUCUACCAACCCUUCGUCCUGCCCGACGACCAAAAGCCAGAGGUACCAGAAGGGCAAAAGCUAUAUACAGGAAGCUGCCACUGCCAAGCCAUAAAAUACACCGUCGUGUCUGAAGAAAUCAAAGAAGUCCGCACCUGCAACUGCAAUAUGUGGAUAUAUCCACCCAUUGCCUCUGUCAACCUUUUGGGCACAGAGGAUAAGCUGACAGACUACCUCUUUGGUCCUCAAAGGGCCUAUCAUGGUUUCUGCGGCGUUUGUGGUGUAGAUGUUGUCAAUAGAGUUGAUCUCCACCAUAUCUACAAGAUGCCGGUGAGACCGAUCAAUGUCAGAACCAUGGACAACAUUACCUUGGAAGAUCUAAAGAUUGACAAAGUUGAUGGAUGGAGUCUCAACAAGGGUCCUUACAAGGCUUACGACGUCUGA